AUGGCGUCGGCCGACCUUUACACAGACGGCGAUGAGUUUUGGCUCUUUGGAUAUGGGCUAUGUUCGUCGUUUCUGGCAGAAGCUCCAGGCCGCGUCGUUACCCUCAUCGAGCGCUCAUACUGGUCCGCCAUCCACGACGCGCACGACUCAGCCCCCGACCGCGUCUGGGGCGUCGCCUAUCGCAUCCGCCCCGACAAGGUCGCCGAGGUCCGCGACUACCUCGACAUUCGCGAGAUCAACGGCUACACGAUCCACUACACGCCCUUCCACCCAGCAGAGUCCGCCCCGUCAUCGACCACAUCCUCCUCUUCUGCCGCCGCCUCGGCGUCUGGACCUCACACCCCCGCCGCCCCCAUCCGCACCCUCGUCUACAUAGGCACCCCCGACAACGACCAGUUCACAGGCCCCCAAGACCCGCAGGCCCUCGCCGCGCACAUCCGCCGUAGUGUGGGGCCCUCGGGCCUCAACACCGAUUACCUCUUCAACCUCGACCAGGCCCUCGACGAGCUGAGCCCCGACAGCGGCGACGAUCACAUCAGAGACCUCACGCGCCGCGUGCGCGCCAUCAUCGCCGCCGAAGGGCCCUCCGCCGAAGCCGAGACGAAAGCUGGUGAGCUCGCCAGGACGAACGCAACAAGCACGGAGGAACAGGAGGAGACGGAACACUGA